UUUGAACUGGAACAAAUAGAACGGAAUGCGUUGAAAUUGCAUGAUUCAGUCACAUCCGAAAAUGCCUGUCUUCUGGCUAUGUGUGACGCGGACUCCGGUUGUGUGCCGAAGGGAUGCUCUGUGGACCAGAACAAUCGGAUUGGUUGCGGAUAUUUCCGAUUGAAUAUUUAUCAGUUCAGGCAAUGCUAUCAGCCAGGAAAACAGGAAGACGAAGACGAAGAAGUGGCAUGGAUCAAAUGUGCUGAGAACUACACGUGUUCUGCGGAAUGUAUUCGAGUGCUCGGCAGCCGUUUCCGAGUGAAAUGCUACGGUAAGUCGGACUGCGAAACUCUAGCGCGAAUUCACGACGGCGGAGCAAAUGGAUGUCGGGACAGGUAUGCAAGAUUCUCACUCUGUAACUUGACAUGA